AUGUGUUUAAAUACCGUGUUGUUGCGUGCAAUUCUCGUCAAAGCCGCAUUAGUGCAUUUCCCGACGACGCGCGAAGCCACGGCCACAGGAAUGGGUAUACUAAAGAAAUUGACUGUACUUGCAGCCUUCGCAGCUUUGUGCUCGUCGCAACCAGUGGAGCAAAAACCAACACUAGAGGAAGCUCCAUCGACUGUCCUCUUCGCUGUGGUCGACCCUCCUCAGCAGUUGACCCUGCCGUGCGUCACCACCGCCCGUGCUCAGAAUGUGAAGUUCUCCUGGCAGAAGGACGGCAAACCAUUCAAAUGGAACACAUCUGACGUCCUCAAACGUGACGAUGAAGGCACGAUUGUAUUCUUGAAGCCAAAAGACGAAGAUGAAGGUCGUUAUCAAUGCUUCGCGGUUUCUGAUUCCGGUGUCGCCAGUACACGUAUCGUCAAUGUAAAGAAAGCCUAUCUAACUGUUCCGAAGGUCUCUACUCAACGCCACAGACCCAUCGAGGGCCAGCCCUUCAUGCUCGACUGUCCGAUUCCCGAUUCCUACCCGCAGCCUAAGAUUGAAUGGAAACUCCAGCUCGAAACGGACCCCAGCGUUUUGAACGAGGUUGGUGAUGGCCGAAUUACCAUCUCCCCUGAUGGCACACUCUGGUUUUCGAACAUAACAAAGAUGGACGUUCACGACAAUUUCAAAUACGUAUGCCUGGCUUCCUCACCAGCUACGACUAAGCCCGUUGUGCUCGCUGAACAUUUUAUCGAGGGUGUGGAACCUAACCAGGGCAAGGACUACAGCGAAGUGGUGGAACAAUAUGCGAGUCAGAAUAUGACGGUGAAGGUUGGUGAAGUCACAAUGCUGUACUGCAUCUUUGGCGGAAGCCCCCUAGCACACCCGGACUGGUUCAAGGACGGGCAGGACGUGAACAACUCGCCCCAGGACCGCGUGACCCGUUACAACAAGAGCAAAGGGAAGCGCCUCCUCAUCCGCGAGACAUGGCUUUCCGACCAGGGCACCUACACCUGCACGGUCGACAACGAGCGCGGCAAACCCAAAGAACACUCAAUGUAUUUGACAGUUGUCAGUUCCCCCCGCCUUCGACAAGAAACCUCCAACUCAAGUCAUGGUGAAGGAAGGGCAAGCUGUGGUCAUUCCUUGUUCGAUCCUCGGCGUUCCCCAACCCACUGUAUCCUGGACAUACAACGCACAGCCUCUGUCCAAACGUGA